AACCCCGUGCGCAGCGGAACAGCCUCUCUUUUUGGCGUCGGCCAUUCUGAGAGCGGGUGGUGGUACAACCAUCACUAGGCGCUCUACCGCCGCCAUGCAGAUCUUCGUGAAGACCCUGACGGGGAAAACCAUUACCCUCGAGGUUGAACCAUCUGAUACUAUAGAAAAUGUCAAAGCCAAGAUCCAGGAUAAAGAAGGAAUACCUCCUGACCAACAGCGUUUAAUUUUUGCUGGCAAACAAUUGGAAGAUGGACGUACCCUGUCUGAUUAUAACAUCCAAAAGGAGUCAACACUUCAUCUUGUGCUGAGACUUCGUGGUGGGGCAAAGAAAAGAAAGAAGAAGUCUUACACCACUCCUAAGAAGAACAAACACAAGAGAAAGAAGGUGAAACUUGCAGUCCUUAAAUACUACAAGGUGGAUGAAAAUGGCAAAAUCAGCCGUUUACGCCGUGAGUGUCCUUCGGAAGAAUGUGGGGCCGGAGUGUUCAUGGCUAGCCACUUUGAUAGACAUUAUUGUGGCAAGUGCUGCUUGACAUACUGCUUCAACAAACCAGAAGACAAGUGAAUGUCUAUUUUAAUAAAAACCUUUAAACAUU